AUCCUUCAAGCUACAUAACCACCACUCGUUUCAAAAGGAUUCAGAUCAAGUAUUCCACAAUUAACAACCACCAAUACAAUGUGGACUUGAUCACUUGAAGAAAAGGAAAAAAUCUCACCAAAUAGAAUGUGCAAUCACCUUGUCUACCAACAGCCACUACUCCUCCUUACACCACCACAGUCCAUGGCCACAGGCUAAAUUGUUAUUAUUAGUAUUAUUCUAUUCAACAAUCCGCAUAUUCGCUCUUACGUUUAUAUCCGAAAACACAAACUAUGACUACUUCUUCUUACUGUUUUUCCUCUACUAGAAACCCAAUUACACAUUCAAGUUUCUUGUUUCUUAAUUCAAACCUUUAUCUACCAAAACACAGAAAUCAUGCUGCUUUCACUCAAGAGCCAAAAAAAGAUUUGGUUUUGAGCAUACCCAAACCGUCUUUCUCGCUUUCCAACCCGAGAAACUAUCAAAAAUCCACACCCCUUAAUGCAUCUUUAUCAGAAUCAUCUUCCAGUGAAAAUCAUGAAAAUGUUAAAGAAGAAGGUGAACUGCCUGGAAUGGCUCAGGCUUUUCACAUAUCUUCAAACACAGCUUCUGCUAUAUCAAUUUGUAUAGCAGUGGCAGCUUUGUGUUUUCCACUUGUCAUGAAAUCUUUAGCUCAAGGAAUGGGGUUAAAGAUUAAGUUGUUAUCAUAUGCAACACUUUUAUUCGGGUUUUAUAUGGCUUGGAACAUUGGUGCCAAUGAUGUGGCAAAUGCCAUGGGUACAUCGGUUGGGUCUGGGGCUUUGUCACUAAGGCAGGCCGUGUUAACGGCUGCGGUGUUGGAGUUUUCCGGGGCGUUGUUGAUGGGAAGGCAUGUGACUAGCACAAUGCAGAAAGGGAUUCUUGUUGCUAAUGUUUUUCAAGGAAAAGAUUCUCUGCUUUUUGUGGGUUUGCUGUCUUGUUUAGCAGCAGCUGGUACUUGGUUACAGGUUGCAUCAUUCUAUGGGUGGCCUGUCUCGACUACACAUUGCAUUGUAGGAUCCAUGGUUGGAUUUGGGCUCGUGUAUGGAGGACCUGGUGCAGUUUUCUGGAGCUCACUAGCGAGGGUCACAUCAUCUUGGGUUAUAUCUCCACUUAUGGGCGCAGCAGUUUCCUUCCUAGUGUACAAAUGCAUCCGCAGGUUUGUUUACAGUGCUCCAAACCCUGGGCAAGCAGCGGCUGCAGCCGCACCGAUUGCUGUUUUCGUGGGUGUCACAGCAAUAACUUUUGCAGCUUUUCCUCUUAGCAACACACUCCCUAUAGCUCUUGCCCAAGCUUUAGGAUGUGGCACACUAGGUGCGUUCAUAGUCAACAAUAUUAUCCGCAAACAGCUUGGUCACCUCCUAGACAAGGCAAAGUUGAAUCAACAAGAGCCACACGAGGAAUCAAGUCCUAAAAACAUAGGAUUUCUGUCCGAUAUCGCGGGUCCUACCGGCACCCAACUGAAAAUAGUCUAUGGCGUGUUUGGCUACAUGCAGAUUUUAUCCGCUUGCUUCAUGUCAUUUGCCCAUGGUGGAAAUGAUGUCUCCAACGCAAUCGGCCCGCUAGCUGCAGCUCUUUCCAUAUUACAAGGCGGGGUCACUGGGGGUGAAAUCAUCAUUCCAAUUGAUGUUCUUGCUUGGGGUGGAUUCGGGAUUGUUGCAGGGCUUAUGAUGUGGGGAUACAGGGUGAUUGCCACAAUUGGUAAAAAGAUCACAGAGUUGACUCCUACAAGAGGAUUUGCAGCCGAAUUUGCUGCUGCUUCAGUCGUACUAUUUGCCUCAAAACUCGGACUUCCUAUCUCAGCUACUCAUACUCUCGUGGGUGCGGUAAUGGGGGUCGGGUUCGCUAGAGGACUCAAUAGUGUGAGAGCCGAAACCGUGAGGGAAAUUGUUACCUCAUGGGUAGUUACUAUUCCAGCUGGUGCAUUGUUUGCUGUGGUCUACACAUGGCUAUUUACCAAGUUCUUGCCAAAUAUUUUUUGAGUGUACAUUAAAAGGUUCAAACUUAAACCAUUUGGAGGCUUUAAUAAACCCCGAUCACUAUCCUUUUCUUCUAUAUGAUAUCUAAUUUAUGAUUACCUAAUUGGAAAUCAUCGUUUCUAUAA